AUGAGAUUUAUUCACCUUCUGCAUUUUGCUUGUCUCACGCAAGUGGAACAAGGCUCAGCAGUUUCAUUUCCUGGCUUCUUAGACAGGAUUGUCGGGGGAUACGAGUGCAGCCCCCAUUCACAGCCCUGGCAGGUCUCCCUUAACGUCGGGUACCAUUUCUGUGGUGGAUCCCUCAUUACGGACCAGUGGGUGGUGUCAGCUGCCCACUGCUGCCCCGACUCCAUGCAGGUGAUCCUGGGAGAUCACAACAUCCAGGUCUUUGAACACACCGAGCACCUGAUGCGCAUCGAGACCAUCGUGUGGCACCCCAGCUAUGACUACCAGACACUGGACCAUGACAUCAUGCUCAUCAAGUUGGCCCACCCUGUCCGGACUGACGCCUACGUCCAGCCUGUUCCCCUGCCGACCGCCUGCCCAGCUGCCGGCACUUCCUGUGUGGUGUCGGGAUGGGGCAAUAUCCUCAGUGACGGUGUGUUCAGCCCCUACAACCUGCAGUGCGUCAACAUCCCCAUCCUCAGCAGCGCAGAGUGCGAGGGCUCCUACCCUGGGAUGAUCACCAGCACCAUGCUGUGCGCUGGCUACCUGGAGGGAGGCAAGGAUGCGUGCCAGGGAGACUCUGGUGGUCCACUGGUCUGCAACGGGGAGCUGCAGGGCAUUGUGUCCUGGGGGAUCGGCUGUGCCCAGAAGGACCAACCCGGCGUCUACACCAAAGUCUGCUCCCUGCUGCCCUGGAUCGAGAGCACCAUGGCUGCCAACUAG